CAAAAUCAAUCAAAAUACAACAAACACAGAGACAACAAAGAAAUUUAAGAAAUCAAAGAGAAAUUUGUAAAUAGGAACUUUUAUGGGUAUGAAAUAAUACUUAAAUAGUUAACAUAAAACAUAUUAAUAAAUGAAUCUUUGUCUUCUUUUACCUAUAACCAACGUAAACGCAAUACUUACCAACAAACUUAGAAAUAAAACGCAGAGCAUGGAAGUCAAAGAUUUGGUCCAGUGCGGCAACUUACUUCAACUGAAACUCGGCAUAACAAACUACAACACACCAUUCGCUACAAGAACGAGCCAGGAAUAUGUGAUCAGCGGCUCUGCAGUACUCCAGGUGAAGGCAAUAGCCGCCCAGGUCAACAACGGCCACACUAAUGUCUACAACAACCUCAUCUUCAUCAAAUUCAUGAAGUACCGUCCUGCCGAUGAUCUCACAUACACUAUCAAAUUUUCAAGCGCAGAACUAGGCAUUACUAAUAAGACAUUUGUCAGUGACGACGGCACUUGGCAUUUGAUACAUGAAAACAAGAGGCAGCAAUACAGCUUUGAUAUUAAAGUGACCAUGGACGUUGUACCACGGGCCGGCUCAUUCUCGUCUCUUCAUGAAGACACAGAGCUGACUGAUUUUGAGUUAAGAGGCGAAGAUGGUUCUGUGCACAUUCACCGGGCAGUGUUAGCUGCAUCAAGCCCGGUGCUGCGGCGCAUGCUCGGUGGCACAUGGAGAGAGACCACCGAGGGCCAUGUUGAGGUGCCAGGGACCUCCCGGACCACUCUGCAACACCUCAAGGACUAUGUAUACCUGUACAAACUGCCAGACAGUACGGGACUUGAGCAGCUCUUACUUUUAGGUUCGUACUACAUGAUGCCAGAUUUGGAACAGAAAUGCGUUGACAAAUUGGUGAGCUCUCUAACAGCUGAGAAUGCGUGUGAACUGUUGGAAUUUGCAGCAAAACACAAGGUGACUCGGCUGCUCCUGGCUAUUCUGGAGUGCAUUCAGGGGGGAACAGUUAAGGUACAGGAAAUGCGAGAUUACUUUCUGCAGGGGGGUGAGUGAGUGAGUGUGUAUUAUAUGAACACUAUUGAAUAGUGAGCAUAUUUGUGUUUUAUAAUCUCAUAUUACUUAACAAAGGCAUGUCCUUUCAUGUUAUUGUGGUUAAUCUUUUUUACAAUAUACAAUACUUUGAUGUUGUACAACUUGUACAUAUAAAAUUGAUAUAAUCACGGAAUUGACUAGGCUUACUGUAACCCUACUUACCCUAGUCGAUUGAAUUUAAUGUAUAAGGACCUGUUAAUUUUAUAUAUGAUGAAGUCUGAAAAUGUAUUUUGAAUUGGUAGGUAUACUUACCAUAUCUUGUGAAUCUCUGAAUUGUACCUAAUUAUAGAUAGGUACUUACAAAACAAUUUAGCAGUUUAAUCAAUCAGUGAAACACACCUUAUUUUUUAAUCACCGCAGGGGACCUUAUGAACUUAUGGGGUAGAGUAAAAAGGCCUGUCUGAUUUCACUUGAAAAAUUAUUUCAGAUUCUUAUUUGAUUCCAAUACAAUUUUAUUGAAUUUAUGCCAAUAAAAUAUUUUAUACCAG